AUGGGAUCUGUCUAUCGAGGAGAUCGUUUCGACGAUUCCCGCACCUCAGUCUCUUCCGCUCGAAGAGAUGGCGGCGGCUAUACAACCCGCACCCGCUAUAUUGUGAAGGAAGAUGAUGCUCGGUCUUCCAUUGGUCGAGACCAUCGAAUCAUUCCCGAGCGCGCCGAGCGAAUUGAGGAAACACGCAUCACUCGACGCGAGGUUGAAGAACCCGUUCGUGAAGCUCGUCGAGAGGAGCCUCGCUACACUGAGCGUGAAUUGGUCAUUCGUCGUGACCGCGACGAUGACAAUCGCAGUCAGUAUAAUUACGACACAAGACGUGAGGAGCCCGCUACCGUUGAAAAGGAAUUAAUCAUCCGACGUACUACUGAGCAAGAGCCACGUCGAGAUGAUGCUGCUUCCGUUGUACGUUAUGAUGAUCGUCCACGUGGCGAUGUUAGGGUCACUGAGACCCGCUACCGUGACGACUAUGAAGUCCUUUCCCCUACCAGAGGCAUGGACGACAGGGACCGGGACUUGCAACGUUAUACACGCACUUCUGAGUACUACAGUCCCCCUCAGCCUCAAACUAUUGUCAUCCGACAGGAACCCAUCAUUAUUCGAGAGCGUAUACGGGAUGAUGACUACCAGAUUGUUCGGAAAUCGGAUAUCGAGGAUGAUCGAACCGUCGUCCGUAGAGACCAACCUCGAGGCGAGGAAGACUUCUUUUACGAGAAAAAGGUUCGUGAACGAAUAGAAGAACCACGUCGCGAUGAAGACGACUACUAUGAGCGCCGCACCAGACGCCGUUCAGUUAGUCCUCAUGAUUCCGUCUCUCAAAGAGGCCGCGACUACAGCAGUGAUGAUAGCAUGGUCUACGUACGGAAGGAAGUUCGAGAAGAUAGCCGUGAAGCUAGUCCAGAUCGUCGCAAGAAUCUUGCUGCCGGUGUCGCUGCCGGCAUUGGUGCUGCAGAGUUGCUCAGAAACCAUAAGAAGAAAGAAGGCCGUGAGACAUCCCAUGGAAUUGGCCGCUUGGGUCGAGACCUUGGUGCAGGUGCUUUAGGCGCCGUUGCCGCCGAGGGAAUCUCACGUGCGAGAUCGGCUCACAGAAGCAAGAGUAGACGCCGUUCCAGGGAUCGCCGCUCCCGAUCACGAUCUCGCUCUAGAGACCGUGACCGCGACCGUCGCUCUCGUUCACGGAAUCGAAGAAGCAGAUCUAGAUCCAGGUCAUCUUCAAGGUCCAAGUUGAAGACCCUCGGUGCGCUUGGCCUAGGAGCAGCCGCCUUGGCCGCGGCAGCCACAGUUGCCUCCAAGCGUCUUGGUAACAAGAAGGAAGUUGAAGAACCUCCCCGACGCAGCCGAUCUCGCCGUCGGAGAGACGAUACCCUUUCCGAACUCGAGAACGAUCCCACAGCAGACGAUGCUCGCAACCCCAAACAUCGUAACAAACGAAUUGCAGAAGCUGGUGCUGCCGGUGCUGUUGUUGCUGGUCUCAUUGAACGAGCAAGAAGCAAAUCUCGAGGGCCUCGUGAUCAAAGCAAAGUGAGACAAGCACUGCCAGUCGUUGCGGCCGGCUUAGGUAGUGCCGCUCUCGCUGGCUUGUAUGAAAAGAACAAGGCCAAGAAAGAGGCGGAAGUGGUCCAAAAGGAAGAGCGUCGUGCACGCUCAAGAUCGAGAAGUCGAGCUAGGACUGAUGCCUACUAUGACGGUCCAAGAGAUGCUGCCGUCAGUGAUCCAGGUUUGAUCGAGUAUGGUAAUGGGCCAAUGCAUGGAAACAAUUUUGGCCCAGACUACUACGGCCGACCCGCUCCUGUUGAUAACUAUUAUGGCGCUUCCAAUGCCGUGGUACCAGCUGCGGCUGCUGGGGCAGCAGGUUAUGCUGCCCAGCGAGGAACAAGAAGUCGCAGUCGCAGUUUGAGCCGAGAACGCCAUUCCCGACGAUCAUCUCGCAGUUCGAGUGCCUCUCCAGGGAGACGCCACCACAGUCGGAGGCGCUCACGAGACGCCGAUAGAUAUGGCGCAGCAGGCGCGAUUGGAGGUAGCGAGUACAACCGACGCAAAGAAGAAAAGAGAGAGCGCAAAGCACGGAGACGUGCAGAAGAAGAACAGGCCGCCGGUUAUAGAGGUCAUGAUGGUUAUGAAGACCCAUACAACCCGGGCGUUCCGUACGCUGCUACCCCAGAUCCUUAUGCCUCGCAGUCAGGCUUCUAUCCACAGACCAGUCAAUUCCCACCACCACCAGGUGCUAUGCAGUAUAAUCCACAAAAUCCAGCCGCACCGGUCCCAGGGGCUGCCCCAUACGGUGCUCAGAAUUACCCGCCACCUCCAGCUGGACCGCCUCCAGUUGUUAACAAUUAUGAUGCAUACGCAACUGGUGCCAAUCCGUAUGCUCCGCGUGGCCCUGAAAAUGUGAGUGCUGCGCCGAAUCCUGUGUUUGGCAAUCUUUUUACACCCGCCACUCCCAAUGACCAGCACCAUGUACAAGAUGGUAUAAGUCGGGAGGUUCCUGCUCAGGCUCCACCAUACAUCAACAUACAACCACCUUCAACAACAAUGCCAUUGAGCCAUCCUGUUCCCGUUCCUAUCUCGACCACCAUUCCUUCGCAUACUUAUCCUCCUCCGGACGACAUAUUGCCACAACCACCUUCAUCUCUACGUGAAUUACCAUCAUCGCCACCUCCCUCUAGCCCGAGGAAAAGCGUUCAAUUUUCUGAGAAACCAGAAGUAUCAACCUUCUCUGAUCCAAAUCCGAUAGACCCAGAAGCCGAGGGCUCGGAACAUCAUCAUCGACACAGGCACUCUCAUUCAAGAGGAUAUGACGCAGAAGACGACACUGACACAACUCCCGAUGAUUCAAGGAGACGUAGCCAGGAACACUCCGGAAGGUCCCUGGAAGCCGAGGAUGCCAUCAACGGGAAUGAGAAACGAAGACACCGGAGACGACGCUCACAUGAUCCAAGCUCAUCGAGGAGAGAACCAAGCUCGAGAGACAGGCCACCUGAGCGUGUAGCCAGCCCCGCAGAUUCCGAGGGGACAGUCGAUUUACCACCACGAUUCGACGAAAAGGGGAGGAAGAGAGCAGAACAAGGCGAUGAUCCUCUUGCUGACAAAGUUGAAGAGCUCCUAUCUGGUAAAGGCGCAGCAGGAAAAGUGUUGGGCAAUUUUCUCGACGGGCUCUUUGGACCCGAUGGACGGGGCAAGAAGAGCAGGUGA